AUGUACCCAUCAAGAUCAAGGAAAACGAACAGAACACGUCGAGAUAUAGAGGCGAAGAAAGCAAAGGAAAACUUAAAACGAGUCAUCUCCCCACCGGCUAAAGAUGUGAGGGUAACGGAGAAAGAGAAUCCUUCACCACCAAAAAGUGUAUCGCCUCCAAAAAGCGCAUCGCCACCGAAAUGCGCAUCACCUCCGAAAAGAGCAUCGCCCCCGAAGUGCGCGUCACCACCGGAUAGCGCCUCACCACUGAAAAGUGCAACGCCACCAAAAAGUGCGUCGCCACCGAAAAGUGCAACGCCACCAAAGAAGAUACCUCCACCAUUAAAGGCCGAUGCCAACCCAAAGGAUACUCCAGUAUUCAAAGCUCUCACUUCUCCGCCGUUCAAGAAAGAAUCGCCGGUUUUAAAAAAUGAGCCUUUACAAUUAAAAACAUCCUCAUCCACCUCAGUUAGUGAAGUGUCCCCUAUUUUAAAGAAAGAACAUUCAUUGCCGACAAAGAAAGAAAUCGUUACAUCGCCUCCCCCAUUCAAGUUAAACAGAACUGAUUCAAAAACUGAGACAAAUAAUAGCGUUCCACUUAAAGUGAUUAAGAAGGAUUCCAUAGAAGUUAAGGAAAGUCAAGUUAAAACGGAACAAAUAUCUGUUGUUCCAGCUAAUAAUGACAAUGUGAAAACAAUUGUGGAAAAUACUGAUGUUGAAAAUAAAAAUAAUGACAAUGCAAAGAAACUGGAGGAGUCGAAUGGGGUCGGGGAUAAAAUAAGAAAGUUUGAAAAGGCAGCAGAAGAUGCGAGUGCCAGUGUAGGUAAACUGUCUCGGCCGGGCUCAGUGCGCGGCAGACCUAGGACCGAGCGCCUGAGUUCUGAUACCAAGGAAGAGUUCCCACCGCCUGCGACGCCAUUUAAAGAUAACGUAUUUUUUGAGCUGAGCGCACAUAGUGGCAAAAAUACACCGACAGAUCACAGCAAUCAUACGACCCUAGAGCGCCAGCACAGUAUUACAAGGAACUCUGUUAAUUUACUAAAAUGGCAGAAAAGUGAAAGCAUCGAUGGCGAAAAAGUCAUACAGAAGCCGGAACCGCAAAAGAUAAUAAAGCCGGAAUUCAAACCGAUGCCGUCGCCCGUCGAUGUGAUGAUCAGAUCGCCCAGCCUCGGCGUCAAGGUGCCCGACCAGUUCCCGUCGCAGGGCACCGCCUUCCGCAAUGUGGCGCCGCUAGACACCGCGCGAACCUCCCGAGACAUACACAAGAUCAACGAAGAUAUAAAUACUCAGAAUAAUUUUAAAACUUGCAAAUUUAAAAACAAGGAAAAGUAUGCCGUUAGCAAAGGAUCCAGCUACUUCACAAGGGGCUCCGAAGAGAUAUGGCUGGUUAAGAAAAAAGAUAUCGAGGAAAUCGAGGAGAGGGUACUGGAUUCGUUCCGUAGAGCAGGGGGGAACUUGUGUGGGAGGAGUGAAUCGAUGCGUCCAUCUUCCGACAGCGGUCAGAGUGCGUCCUUUUCCCACGCCACUAUGGGAAGGAAUAAACGUCAGAUGUACGCUAGAAGCGAGUCCUGUGACCCUCAGUGGGCGGGAACCAGAUCACAGACAUUAAAACGUCAAACAUCAGUGGCUUGUACUUGCGGCCACGAUAAGAAGACGCGAGCUAAAAGCGCCGGUGCUGAGGCCAACCCUCGCCCGCGAUCUCGUUCUCAUGGCGACGAUAACAAUCAAUGCCACGUCCUGGAUAAAUACGAAACACUCGUUUAG